AUGGUGGACUACUAUGCGCCGGCCCCGGCGCAGUACUACCAAGGGCACGACUACACACAGCAAGAAGAGGAAUGGGAUCGCGAGGGGUUGCUCGACCCGAUGUGGGAGAAACAGCAGAAAAAGACCUUCACGGCUUGGUGCAACUCCCACCUCCGAAAAGCCGGCACUUCCAUCGAGGUCAUCGAGGAGGACUUCAGAAAUGGUCUGAAGCUGAUGCUCCUCCUUGAGGUCAUCUCCGGCGAGCCGCUGCCCAGACCCGAUCGCGGCAAGAUGCGCUUCCACAAGAUUGCCAACGUCAAUAAGGCAAUCGAGUACAUCGAGCGCAAGGGGGUGAAGCUCGUGUCAAUUGGAGCUGAAGAAAUCGUCGAUGGAAACGUAAAGAUGACGUUGGGUCUGAUCUGGACCAUCAUUCUUCGUUUCGCCAUCCAGGACAUUAACGUUGAAGAAAUGUCCGCCCGCGAUGGGUUGCUCUUGUGGUGCCAGCGCAAAACAGCACCCUACAACAACGUCAACGUCCAGAAUUUCCAUAAUAGCUGGAAAGACGGUCUGGCCUUCUGCGCCCUCAUCCAUCGCCAUCGCCCCGACCUGCUCGACUACAGCCAGUUGCACAAGGGAGACCCCAUCCACAAUCUCAACUUGGCCUUCGACAUUGCUGAAAAGCACCUGGACAUCCCGAGAAUGUUGGAUGCUGAGGAUCUCGCUUUCUCCGCGCGACCGGACGAGAAAUCGGUGAUGACAUACGUCUCGUGCUUCUACCACGCGUUCCGUGGCCAUCCCGAGAGGGGCCAGAUCGAGCAGCGGGUUCAGACUCCACAACCUGCUCGUCUCGUUCAGCCACCACCACCGCCACCACCGCCAGAGCGCGAUUGGCACAUGGUAAACUCGCAUCCGGAUGAGAAGGCCGUCAUGACCUAUGUAUCGUGCUACUACCAUUAUUUCUCCGGCAUGAGACAGGCAGAAGCGGCUGCAAAUCGUAUCAGCCGCGUCCUCGAUUUCAACAAGGAGAACGAGAAAAUGAUGCAGGAAUAUGAGACGAUGGCUAGCGAUCUGCUCGCCUGGAUCAACCGCUGGCUGCCGUGGCUGUCGAACCGCUCGACCGAUGAUACACUUCCCAUCGCCAAGCAGAGACUUGAUGACUACCGUAACUACCGCCGUCACGAGAAGCCGCCACGCGUUGAGCAAAAGGCCAAGCUGGAGACGCUUUUCAACACGCUGCAGACCCGGCUUCGUCUGACCGGACGGCCGCCAUUUAUGCCAAAGGAGGGGCAUCUUGUCAAGGACAUCAACUCGGCUUGGGGACGCCUCGAAGAUUCAGAGAAAGGCUUCGAAGAUUGGCUCCUUUCUGAAAUCAUGAGGCUUGAGCGGCUGGAGCAUUUGGCCGAAAAGUUCCGUCGUAAGUGCGCGCUGCACGAGGAGUGGAGCCACGGAAAGGAAGACGCGCUGAGGAGCACCGAUUGGAAGGCAUCUGGAUUGUACCAGAUUAAGGCCCUACGCAAACGUCACGAGGCCUUUGAGUCCGAUCUAGGCGCCCACCAAGAUCGUGUCGAGCAAAUUGCAGCCAUCGCCCGCGAGCUUGCUAACCUCCGAUACCCCGGAAUCGCCGAGGUCAACCAAAGAUGCCAAACUAUCUGCGCCCAAUGGGAUCGCCUUGGGCAGUUGGCUGGGCAACGUCGCCAGACUUUGGAGGAGGCCGAGAGGGUGGCUGAACGGCUUGAUGCUCUAUAUUUGGACUUUGCCAAGAGGGCCGCCCCAUUCAACAACUGGAUGGAUGGUGCUCGCGAAGAUCUUGCCGAUAUGGUGAUUGUACAUGAAAUGAAGGAGAUCGAGGAGCUCGUCUCGGCCCACGACCAAUUCAAGGCGACCCUCGGAGAUGCCGACCGCGAGUUCAGCUGCAUCGCCAAAAUCGAGCAAGAGAUCGAGCACCUCGUCACCUCCAACGGCCUCGAUCAUUCCCUCCUCAGAAAUCCUUACACCGACCUUGUCGCCGCGGAUAUCCGUCGUAAAUGGGGAGAUGUGCAACAAUCUGUUCCUCGCCGUGAUGGUCAGCUGCAAUCUGAGUUGCGCCGGCAGCAGAACAACGAACGUUUGCGCGAACUCUUCGCCCAGAAGGCCAACAACGUCGGCCCAUGGCUGGAGCGCCAGAUUGAGCAAGUGCUCGCCAUUGGUAUGGGCGGACGCGGAUCGCUGGAGAACGCUAUUGAUCAGCUUAACCAGCUUCAUCAACAGUCCCUGGGCUACAAGCCAAACCUCGACGAGCUCGAGCGUAUCCACCAGGAAAUGCAGGAGAACUUUGUGUUUGAGAACAGGAAGAGCCGAUAUUCCAUGGAAUCUCUGCGUGUUGGUUGGGAAUCUUUGAUUACAUCCAUUAACAAAACGAUCAACGAAUGCGAGAACCAGAUCCUCACCCGUGACAGCAAGGGCAUCACCGAAGAGCAGCUGAACGAGUAUAAACAGUCUUUCAAUCAUUUUGACAAGGAUCGUGCUGGUCUUGAUCAAGAGCAGCUUCGCGCCUUCCUCCUCUCCAUCGGAUACCCUAUCCGCCCUGGUCGUGAGGGCGACGGCGAGCUGUCGCGACUUUUGUCGAUUCUGGACCCGAACCGGAUGGGACGUGUGCCUUUUGAAGCUAUUCUUGCCUUUUUGACAAAGGAGAAUCAGGAUCAGGAUACUGUCGAUCAGAUGGUCGAAUCGUUCCGUAUUUUGGCCGCUGGAAAGAGCUUUAUCACCGCCGAUGAACUACGCCGCGAGCUUCCCUCCGAACAAGCCAGCUACUGUAUGCAACGUAUGGCCCCUAGCAGAGAUCCAGAAGCGCCAAAUGGGGCCUUCGACUACGUCACCUUCUCCCGAGCACUCUACGGUCAA